AUGUCUCAUCCACACAACACACCUGAAUAUCGGCUUGCUCGUACCGAUUCGAAAAACCCAGCAACCACAUGCCGGGGCUUGAGGGCUGAUGGACAGAAGUGUCGUCGGACUGUAGUUUCAGCCAAAUUAUCACCUCCUCCCUCGCCGUCAAAAGGAGUGAUUGCAGGGAAGAGUGAAAUUGGCAGCAUCACCACUGCUGCAUUUUGCUGGCAGCACAAAGACCAGGAGGUCCAUAUCAACUCAGCCUCCACGGAACCACCUAAACCCGCUUCGAAGUUGAAAUUGCGAUCUAGUAUUGAAACUCUGGUGGAGAGGGUUCAAUUGCUGGAUGUUGAUGAUCAACGCCGCCCUGCUUCAGCGGGGAACGCUUUUGACACCGCGUCUGCCCGUAGAAAGCAGCAAGCACCCAUUCGCGCAGAGCUACCUCUUGGCGGGCAUACCAUCCAGCGCCGUGGAACAAGGAGGCACUCAAUGGAUACUCCAGGGGUGCAUGUCUGCCAACCUGCCGACAAUGCACCGCUUAGCUCCGCACAGUCAAGAACUCAUUUACUUAAAUAUAAAUUGAAAUCGAGCAGCAAAUCCAGCGUUGGAGGAAAAAUCGUUCGUUUUAUUAUGGGUAUGGGCGACGAUGAAGAAAUCGUCGUUUCGAGAGUGCGACAUCGUCGCACGGCUUCAAAUAACGAAUCAGGAACUUCCAAUAUAUCUUCUCGACCACCAGCCGUCCAGCCUCCAUUUCAAUCCGCAGAUACUAUUCAUGGAAGGCAUUCACGCCCAUCCCGUGCAUCAAAUUUUCACGGAUCUACACAACUUUCAGUGUCUCAACCAUCAACUCCUGAGCGCCGACCUAGAACUAGCGCGCAAUUUCCAUCUCCUUCGCCAGCAAGAUUAAGGCAGCCAUCACUGCAGAGCAGCCCCGCUUCUACUAUAUCAGAGACGGAUGCCCUUCUACGCUGGAUACCCAGCUAUCUCUCACCGAUGACUCAUUCCACUCUUCUAAAGCAUCUAUCGGAGCCAAUAUCUGACUCAGACGAGCCGGGAUAUAUAUACAUGUGCUGGGUAACUUCACACACUCAGGCCACCUCCCCACCAGCAGCGGAGAUCGCCUCAUCUCUCCUACCCACAUCACCUGGCAAUGGCAUUAGGAGAAGAAACACAGGCGAAAUCAUGCGCUCCGCCGGCGUUGCGCCAAAUAAAGUACAGGGGUCGCAAGAAACCAAAGCUACAGACACAAUUACUCUGAAAAUUGGCCGCGCAGCCAACGUCCACCGCCGAAUGAAUCAGUGGAAGGAACAAUGCGGUCAUAAUCUUACUCUAAUGCGGUAUUAUCCGUACGUGCCUUCGUCACCAUCUGUGCACCCGGGUGCACCACUCCCCCCUCGGAAGGUGCCGCAUGUGCAUAAAGUAGAGCGAUUGGUGCAUUUGGAGCUUGCAGAUAGGAGGGUCAAGUUGCAAGAGCCGUGCGAGCGCUGUGGAAAGAAACAUAAGGAAUGGUUUGAGAUAAAGGCUGAUAGGGAGCAGUUGAGAAUGGUUGACGCGUGCGUGAAGAGAUGGGUAGAGUGGAGUGAGCAUGAGGCGAGGAAAAGUGGGCGGACUGGGAUAGAAAUCAAGUAACCACUG